CGUUACCCAUGGCAGCAAGAAAUACAAUAAUGGACAGGCACCACUUGUACGACAAGCAUUGAAUUUAAUCCUGAGUAGUGUAGUAAUUUAGCGUAUUAAAGAUUGCAUAUCAUCAUCAUCAUCAUCAUCAUUAUCAUAAAUAAUGGAUAUUAGCAGCAAUUGUUCCAGUGAAGGAGACAUCAUACAAGAGGAACUGGUGGAGCCGGGGGAUUCUGAUGAUGCCCAGAGUAGUGAAGAGAAAUCUAUUAGUCCUGCCCCAGGGAGCCCAGAGGGUUCAAAUGAUGAUGGAGAAAUGGAAGAGCUGCUGGAUUUGGAACCCAGUUCUGCAACAGAUGAGAAUAUUCUAGCAUCUUCCAGAGAAAGUGGGAAUUUUGAAAGUGAAAUGCAACAGUCCUUAAACGCUGUAAUGUCUGAUGAGUGUUCAGAAAUGAAAACCAAUAGCUACCCAAAUAUGGUUUUUGAGGAAACAACUCCAUCACUUCUUAAUGUGGCUCUUCCACAAAUUCUACAGUACAAAAGAGAAUCUGAGGAAGUUGAGUUGUCUUUGGAUGGCAGUAAUUCCACACGGAUGGCCACACCGUUACCAAAAAAUAUUUGCCAGUUCUGUAAACAUCCAAUCAAGCCUUUGGUAUCGCUGCAAGAACAAAUCACUUUGGCACCUGAGGAAAUUUAUUGUUGUGAAUCAUACCAAGAAUUUCUUCACAUGGUGCUCCUGGCUGAAAUUGAAGAGGCCAAGUUGAAAAUGAAGAGUAAGGUAUUAGAAGAGGGGCCUGAUGUAAACAACCAGAAAAUGAAAAAAGAAAAGGUGAUUUCUGGAAAAGAUUUAAGAAUCAAAGUGAAAACCAGAGAGACAAAUCUGCCACAGAGGCAACACGAAGCCUCACAACAGCUUCACCCUCAACUAGGAUAUCACAUGGCUCGUCAUAUGAACACGAUUAAUUACCAACUCUCUUCUCGAAAAUGUCUUGAUGCUGGCUGGACAGUCUGUGUACCUGAGCUGGAGAAGUCAACCCAAGAAGACGUGUUUGUCAUUGAACCAAGAAAAUGCUCUUUAUACAGGAGUAAUGAGAGCCAUCCUGAAGAACCGGUGGAGAAAUUCUAUGACAAUGGCAAUAAAUUUUUCACUAUCUUCCCUGAUGGAACUGGAAAUAUUUUUUAUCCGUCAGGCAAACUGGCCAUUCUGAUCAGUUCCACCUUGCCUUAUCAUUUCACUUAUAUAGUAUAUGGAGAAGUCGGCAGAAAGCAACAAGUGAUGGCAGUGUUUGAACAUACAGGAUAUGGCACGUGUUAUCAUCCAAAUGGUAAUGUCAGAUUGUACAUUGACCCCGCUGGGGGUGUGGAAAUGAGCCCUGCAGGGUCAUGUCGUAAGAAGUGGCUGUGGAAAGACCUCCAAUGCCAUGCCCCUCCACUUCAGCCUAUCUUCAUCCAUCUAAACAGAUUCAUUGGUAUGAAAGUGCUGUCCCAGCAGAACAUUCAGUUGACCAUCACUUUUCGAAGAUUCAGCUGUCGUAUGAACCUUGGAGUCUACAUGAAACCAGUAGCAGUGUCAAAGUGGGUCCCACUUGUGGACGAACAUUCUUUGUACUUGGAAGAUAAAAGAAAUGAAAUCGAGUCUCUGCUGGACAAGGUGAGGAAUUCGUUAAAUUAUUCUUGCUCUCCUAAACUGAACAAGAUCCUCCCUCCAAUCUACUUGACCAACCGUAUCAAUAAGCUGUCGGCUAAGAAACAGAAUUUGCAACAGAAUACACUUACAGCGAAAUCUAUAAAAAUCCAACCGAACAUCCAGCUGCAAGCGUAGGGUGAAGUCUCUGAUGCUGAUGUGUAGGACGAGGACAAAGAAAGCAAUGCUAGUGAUGAUGGCUUCUAUGAUAGUGAUGAUGAUGAUGAUGAUGAUGAUGGCAUCAAUGAGAUGGUGAUGAGAGUGGUGAUAAUGAGAAUGAUGCUGGUAAUAGUAGUGAUGAUGACUACAACAUUUUUGAUGAUGAUAACGAUUAUAGAUUCUGCUGUGAUGACGACGAUGAAUGAUAUGAUAUAAAGUUGAUAUGACUCCACGGUCAUAUUUGUAGUUAAAACAAUUAGCUGUCUUUUGGCUGCUAUUUCUAAAUUUUCGGUAUGUGGUGAAACAACUUGUUGCUAAACCCUUAAUUAUAUUUGUAAUUAUAUAAAAAAACUUUUUGUACAAGUUUUUACUUUUUUUUUUCCAUACCGAGACUAGUUGGUAAAAUUUAUAAAUUAAUUAUUAAAUUAAUAAUUCUUUACCCUAUAUCAUUUAUAUACAUUUAUACAUAUAUAGAAUAUGUGUGAUACCGGUGAUAAAAAUGUAGAGAAAAUAUAAAUGUUGGUUAAACAUUGCGGUUGACAAUGACUACGACAGCAGCAAUAAUAAUUCUUUGUAACAUUUAUCAGUAAACCUUUUGCAUAUAAACCAGUCAUAUCCAGCCCACCUGCCCAAAUAUUCUACCUGUUUUAUGUUCAAACAGGCCAAUCUGGCUUCUCAUACUUACUCUAAAAGAAAAUGUUUAUGAUAUUGAAAUCUCAAAGCUACGAGAUAAUGCAUUCAAAACGAUGUGCAUGAAUAAGCAUCAUAUUUGGCAGAGUGAUCUGAA